GAGCGAUGCCACAUGUACAGUGUGUUGCCAUUGAUGUGAUCAUAUGAUGAAAGGAUGAACGUUGUCGUCUGAGAACCUGUUCAAACCUUGACCAGCGCCCGAGCCGAGACACAGAACACACCCAGAGAGACUACACCAUGGCUGACCGAACAUCCCUCCAACCUCCAACCCCCCAGCCUUACCAGGACCCAUACCUCCAGCAUCACACCCACCUCUCCCACCACCUCCACCCCAGCAUCGGGAGCCCCGGCCUGGGCCACACAUCCUGCCACCAACCCCUGGAGCCCCAGACUCCCCUGGAGCAAUAUAGAGGGACUGGAAUAGAGGCAGCACCCAGGACCACUCUCCCUGAGUCAAGCCCCUAUUCUGGGGAGAGUAGGGACAGUUACAAGGGUGGGGGUGAUGGAAGAGGAGGUUAUGUAGACAUUCAUGGACAUAGCAGAGGUGAUAACUGUAUUGAUUUUGAUGGUAGGGAUGGUUGUUUUGGAGCGCAGAAAGCUAGCUUCUGUAAUAGGGGCAGCCAUUUUGAAGGUCAGAGCCUUGGCUAUGCUAGCCAGAAGGAUGAGGGCUGCGAUGGGGAUGACAGCAGCGUCAGCGGUAGUGGGGGUGAUAUUUACCACAGAACGGAUGAGGGCUGUAACAGGGAUGAUGUCAUUCACAGAACGGAUGAAGGCUGUAACAGGGAUGACUUCUUUCACAGAACGGAUGAGGGCUGUAACAGGGAUGACUUCUUUCACAGAACGGAUGAGGGCUGUAACAGGGAUGAUGUCUUUCACAGAACGGAUGAGGGCUGUAAGAGCAGUAGGGAUGAUGUCUUCUACAGCAACAGUAGAGAUCAUGGGUGUGAGGAGAAAACGGAUGAGGGGUCGAACACCAGGGAUGAGGUCUUUCACAGAACGGAUGAUAUCAGGAAUGACAUCUUUCAAAGAACGGAUGAGGGCUGUAACAGGGAUGAUGUGUUCUACAGAACGGAUGAGGGCUGUAACAGGGAUGAUGUGUUCUACAGAACGGACGAGGACUGUAGUAACAGGGAUGAUGUGUUCUACAGUAGAGAGUAUGUGUGUGAGGAGAGGGGAGAUGGUAAUAGUGAUUAUAGAGACACCACUACCGGUAGCCAUGAUGGUGGAAGUAAUACUAUAACUGGUCAUCUCUAUAAUGGUACUGAUAGCUUUGGCAAUAGGGUUGAUGAUACAGGAAAGCGGGAUAGUUUGAGAAGGGUUGAUGAUUUUGGAGGAGGCUGUGAUGAUUUUGGGGUUAGAAGGUCGAACCUGGAUCCUCUAGAGGCCCAGUUGAAGCCUGGAUGUUGGGUGGGUCCCUCUCCCCCAGAUCGGGGUGCUGUGGCUGGGGAGGGAAGGGAGAGGGGUGGGGGGUACCCCCAGGACUGGGCCUUUCUGUACUCCCAUUCCCAGGCAGCAGGUGGUGCUAGUGGUGCUAGUGGUGGUGGUGGUGGGGUGUACCAGCAGAAACUGGACUCCUUCUCCGAGGCAUUCUCCUUCAGACGCAACAUCGCUGGCAGCAGAAUUCUGAAUGGGAAUUCCGGAAGUGGGAUUUUCGGAUUCGGAGUGGGAGGAGGAAGCACGGGACGGCUCAAAACGAGUGCUUACGAUUCGCACACAGACUCUUCCACUCUUGCUUCCCCUCCUCCUCCUCCUCCUCCUCCUCCACCUCCCACACUCUCCCCUCCCAAACUCACCCUACCCCCCUCUCUCAGGACAGUUGGACUCACCCAGACCACAGGAGUGGGUUGUAGUGGAACAGUCCAGUUUUACCCCUCCUCUCUCCAGCCACUCCACUCCUCCAACCCCUCGGCCGUCAUGUGGAAGCUCCCGCUCUCUCAUUGGCUGCAGCAGUCAGGUGACGUGGGUGUCGUCGAGGGCAACCCGUCAAGCUCCGGCUACGUAUACUGCCAGGAGGCGGUGUUUACUGGGAGACAGGUUCACCAGGACAAUGGGUAUAAUGCAGGUCACUAUAGUCUUCAAACUCCGGUAGAAUCAUCCUUUGCCUCACCCCUUCAUCCAUCCCUCCACCCCUCCUCUCUUCCAUCCCAGCCCCCCAGUGGACUCCCACAGAAUGGAAAAGCACCCCUGGUGGUGUAUAGAGGUACUCCCUUCCCCAGUCUGCUCCAGUCUAGUAGAGGAGGAGGACGGCAGAAGGGAGUGGAGCGGUUUGGGAGAGGGCUCCCCUACACCCCUCUGCCUAUGCUGAAUCCCAGACGCAGGGGAACGGGGAUCCUAUCCUCCCUCAUGCCCCCUUCGGCAGGGGAACGAGCGAUGGGAAGGAUGACUGAAGAGGAGGAGGGAUAUUCUAUACUUCCGUGUAUCAACGUGGGUCCAGGGUUCCAGGCUGAGCUACCAUGCUGUCUAGAGAGGGAGGAGGGGUCAAGGACAUGGCCAGAGGAAUCAUCAUCCAAUGAGGAGUUGCUCUGGAAACCAUGGGAGGAGCUUGGGAAGAGUUCUGUCAUCCAGGACCAAGUGGAGGCAGUGUUGUCUGUGUGUAGUUCUAGCUGUCUACCAGGAGGUGGCAGCAACACAGAGCUGGCCCUACACUGUCUCUACCGCUGUCACGGAGAUACACUGGCCACACUGGAGAAGUUGCUCUUCUCUACUCCAUCAUCAGCAAGAGACUACCAUUAUGCUGGUAGUGAUGUGUGGCAGGAGACUGAGAGGUCUCUGUUCAGUAAAGCGUUGACGACCCAUGGAAAAGACUUCCCUCUCAUCCAGCGGAUGGUGAACACCAAGUGUGUGUCUCAGUGUGUAGAGUUCUACUACCUCUCCAAGAGACUUCCUGACAAACAGAGAAAACAGAGGGAGCAGGAACAGAGUGUGGUGUCCCUCUCUAAACCUAUGGAAGGAGUGGUUCCAGCCCCUUCAUUGGCUACCAGCUUCCCCUGUAAGCAGUGUGGAAAGAUGUUCUACAAGAUAAAGAGUCGUAAUGCCCAUAUGAAGAUCCAUCGGCAGCAGCAGGACGACUGGAGACACCCAGGCCUUGGCCUCAACCCAGCCCAGAACCUCACCCCCAACCUGGGCACCAAUCUAACCCAGCGCCAGGCUUCAGGCCGGGCCUACCUCCAAGGCCCCAUCAACAACAACAGCAACCACCAUAUUGGUGGUGCUCACACCAUCAUCAACAACAUCAGUGUUCCGAACAUUCCGAACACCAAUAACGUAACCAAUACCAACAGUGUCACUGUCAAUGACUCCACCUCUAAUCAGAAGGGACCCGCUCCCCUCCUCUCUCUCCACCACACGUGGGACUCGUUUCAGGUGAACUCUGACCCUGCGGCGGUUUUCUUCUGUGACCCGGAAGUGAAAGCUGCUCUCGGAGUCAUGGGGGGAGGGGUGAAAGGUCAAAUCUUGUGGAAGUAGCAUCAGAGAUACUGUAUAUAAUGACGAGAUGGUCUUGUCUCCGCCCUAACAAUGGGAGUCAUUGUCGCGAAGGAGGAAA